AUGGUGAACGCCUUCGUGUCGUACAAAUAUACGGUUAGACCGGAGGAAGCAGAAUUCCCGCUCGCAUUCAGUUUGAUGGUAUAUACGGAUGCAGAUAGAGUGCUCCGUCUGUUUCGUGCUAUCUACCGUCCACACAAUUACUAUUGUAUUCACAUUGACCGAAAAAGCAAACCGGAAUUUGACAGUGCUGUUGAACGGCUGAAACAAUGUCCCGGAAUAUCACAGAAUUUGUUCUUCGUCGAGCCGGCUAAUCGAAUGGAUGUCCGGUGGGGUUGGUUAAGUGUGCUGGACGCGGACCUGAACUGCGCGCGCAUCCUGUUGGAGCGUGCACCCGGUGCUUGGAAAUAUUGGAUCAAUCUGACCGGUCAGGAAUUUCCGUUGCGUACGAAUUGGGAAUUGGUUCGGGCUCUUCGUCUGUUGAACGGAUCGAACAUUGUACAAGCAAUCUAUGGUAUUUAUGACGCCGAGAGAUGUCCUCCUCCGGCAGAAUUCCCGGCCAAUGUGAGUCACAUAAAAGUUUUAGUCCUAUUCAACACGGUAACUGGCUCGUAUUACAGUCAGUUGUCGGAUAGAACUCUGCUGCCCAAAUUUGCUGACAGUCUGUUUCAAAUGAUGCAGAUAAAAUUUUCCCUACCACAAGUUUCUUUGGUACUACUCACUCUUAAGUAUGCAAAACAGUCUUCUAUCACUCACCCGCUCGUCAUCACAAGAAAACAAAUGGAUUUAAUUGGCAUCGGUCAUCAGUCUCGCUUAUCUAAGCCAAUUUGCAGUUAUAGAACUGAAAGAAACAUCUCAGAUUGA